CAAACCAACCAACACGAGGCAUAGUUUCCAGGAAGUGGGGGUUCUGAGAAAUCUGCUGUAUAACAGAUUGUUUUCUGAAAGGUGAAUACUAACUGCGCUGCACUGGCUCCAGUGUGCAAACGAAGACCAUGCUGACUGUAUCUGGUUUGGUUGAUAAAAUGAGCGAAACAUGCAACAAGUCAACGCACCAAGCCAAGAGCUGUGAGCACCAGCCCUCUUUAUCUGUCAGAGUCUUAAUAUAUUUUAUUGCUGCAAUGUUGCUGGCGCACAUGAUUGUGAGUGCCUUCCUUUAUGUGUUCUUCUCCAUGAAACUCAAUCAAAAGUAUCCAGGACAAGAAGGAAAAACUGACAUGCAUAAAGGUGACUGGCCUGGUUUGCCAACUAAAGGCAGAAACACCGUUCACCAUGCAGCUCAUCUUAUUGCAUGGCCACCGACAAAGAAAACUGCACAUGAAAAUGGACCAGGGAAUAAUUUUCCUUGUGAGAAAGGAUCUCCGAUAAAACAGUGGUCUACAGGAUAUCCUGCAUUUACAAGGAACAUGAAUUACACCAGUGGCAAACUGGUCAUUACCAAGCCUGGACUUUACUAUGUUUACUGUCAGGUUAGUUUUCGACUGACCAGUGAGAAGAAUUCCGACGGCAAAACCAUAGUCCCAUUUGUUCAAUAUAUUUAUAUGCAAAGAAUGGCCGAUUUAUCGACACUGCUGAUGAAGGCAUCAAAAACACCAUUGGAUACCAGCAAAAGAUCAAGUUUCAACUCUGUCAAUCAAGGCGGAGUAUUUCAGCUCAAAAGAGGAGACCAGCUAUUCGUAUCUGUGACUGAACCAAAGGUUGUGAGCAAUGAUGAAGCAACGUACUUUGGUAUUUUUGAGCUCUGAUUUCAGCUCUUUAAACCUGAGUUAAGGGAACGAAGCGUCUGCUGUCAGAUAGAAGAACAGUUCAAUUUUUCAACAGAUUUCCUAAUCUUUUCACAAGAGCACAUUUUUUUUGAAUUGCUCUCCUGCAAACCAAUCCCAGGACCCAGGAUCAUGAAAAUCUUCAGCCUCGAAGCAUUGCACAUUUGCAAACGAAAAUGUAGUUCAAUUCACAUUAAAUUAACUAAAUGCCAAUAUUUUGCAACUUUUAUCUCAGAUUUUAAUUAUUUAUUUCAUUGGCAAAGCAAUAAUAUUUUAAUAUCCCAACAAUUGAAAAUAUUUUAUAAUUUUAUAAUAUUGUCUAAAAGAUUGAGAA